CGUUCAGUUCGAUUAGAGCGCAUCAAUCAAAGCAGCAUGAAAAUUACACAACUCCUGCAUAUGCUAGCCGUAAUAGCGUCCAUUACGUCUUUGGAGUACGUGAUACGCUAUGAGGCGAAGAAGAAGCGCUGCUUGAACCCGCCACGCACGGCCAGGCGAGUGGAGUCGGUGAUCAGGGACUGCCAAGACGAGGUCAAGAAUAAGCUGGUGACAGGUAAGGCUUGCAACUGAUGCCUGAGCAUGUUGAGUGAUAUGAAACGCACUCCAAUAGAGGCCUAUGAGAUACUGAAGGAGCAGGUGUCACAGGUGCAGCCACCGCUGCAUACGGACGAUGACAGCGUGGAGUUCAUUGAGUCGAUAGACUGGCCACCCGUCCACAGCGAAAUACACUUACAGCACAGCUCCGAAGAGGCGCCACCCAAUGCCAGCCACUACGAGUACAUUGUCUACGAUGAGCCCGAGCCCCGACGUCGCAUGGCUCGGCUCGUGCGCAGUAUCAAGCGUCUGGACGUGGCCAGUGCGGGCAUCUAUCAUCCCACGCUGGUGCCACUCGAAGAUAAGCGCAUAGCGGGCUGUCUGCUGCACUGCGUCUAUGCGAGGAACAACGCCAUUGACAAGAACGGCUGGCCGACGCUGGACGGACUGGUUGGCUUUUACUCGGAAGGCGUACAUGAGCACGGCUUUUUUAUGGCCACAUUGCGAUCCGUUAAUCUCUGUCUGCGGGCCAUGACCAAUAAAUAUCACGUGAGUCGUCGCGAUCUCCCGCAGAAAGGCGAAAGCUGCGAUUUGGCCUUCGAUGUGUUUGACUGCAUAUCAGAUCAGAUAACAGGAUAUUGCCUGGAUCAAUAUAGUAAAUAUUAAGUGGACAUUAAAUUACUAAAUGUUGGCUAGUUGUAUAAGUAUUUUGUUAAGUUAGUCUGAAGAUUAUAUCAUUUUCUCCAGCUUCAUUUAUUGCAUAUUGUUGAAAGCUAUUAAAUUAUUAUAAUGGUAGAGCGCUUCUAAAAAAUGUUUACCGUGCUUUAAUGUGCCAUAACAGAAAAUGCGCAUACAUUCUUAUUUAAUUUAUAAUACAUACAAAAUUCAGUUUAAUAUAUAAAGAAACAAUAUUAUUUACUGUUUCGUUGCUUUUUAGUUUUAAACCUGUCUGUCUUUUGCUAGUGCCAUCUAUUGUAUGUUGCCAGCAACUGCAUAUUGCACUAUUGUAUACAAGCGUUAGAUGGCGCCAG